UAGGCGCUCAUUACCAUGGCAACCGCGUGCCGCGCGAGACGUGCCGAAGCCCCACCCACGGCCCUGCGCCGUCUUCUCGCGAGAGCAGGCCGCGCGACCGGAAACAUUAGCGACCCCGGAAGUCCUCCCGGGCACAGCUGGUCCGUAAGAGCUCGUCCCCUUCGCGGCCCCGAGGGGUGCACUACCCGCCUGGCCAUGGACGAUACCCUGUUCCAGUUGAAGUUCACAGCGAAGCAGCUGGAGAAACUGGCCAAGAAGGCGGAGAAGGACUCCAAAGCCGAGCAGGCCAAAGUGAAGAAGGCCCUUCAGCAGAAAAAUGUGGAGUGUGCUCGUGUAUAUGCUGAAAAUGCUAUCCGCAAGAAGAAUGAGGGUGUUAACUGGCUCCGGAUGGCCUCCCGUGUGGAUGCAGUAGCCUCCAAGGUGCAAACGGCUGUGACCAUGAAGGGGGUGACCAAGAAUAUGGCACAGGUGACCAAAGCUCUGGACAAGGCACUGAGUGCCAUGGAUCUUCAGAAGGUAUCUGCAGUGAUGGACAGGUUUGAGCAGCAGGUGCAGAACCUGGAUGUGCACACAUCGGUAAUGGAGGAUUCUGUGAGCUCUGCCACCACACUGACCACACCUCAGGAGCAGGUAGACAGCCUGAUUGUACAGAUUGCUGAGGAAAAUGGCCUGGAGGUCUUAGACCAACUCAGCCAGCUUCCAGAGGGUGCCUCUGCUGUGGGCGAAAGCUCUGUGCGCAGCCAGGAAGACCAACUGUCUCGGAGGUUGGCUGCCCUGAGGAAUUAGCAUGCCCUUGGCAGGUGCUGCCUCCUUGUCCUAUGAUGUCCUGGAGGCUUCUGCCCCACUUUGCGCUCAACUUUUUCCACCCUUCAUAGUUGCCUUGGCUCUUUUCCAACCUGUCAGGCUGGGCGCCUUAGACCCGAGCCUUAGGUUGAGCAGUGGGCCUCUGUCCUGGUAUUGAAUUUGCACAAAUGUAUGGGUGACUUUUGUGACUGGGCCACAGCUGGAAGAUGGCAAGCUCUGUUUUGUCCUCUGGCUACGUGGAGUUGACAGGGUUGGCCAGCAGAUGUGUGGACUUCAGCCCAGUGCUUGGGGCCUUCUGAUUCCAGUGACUGCUCACCUGCUGCUUGCUGUGGCCAGUGAGGGUCAGAGCCACUCCUUUGCCAGGCAGCUCUUGGGAGCCCUUCCCCCACCUCUGCAGACAGGAAAUCCUAUUGUGUGACAGCCCUGAAUGGGUUCCUGUGGACUUCUGUGUACCAGAGAUGGCCAGUGCCACCGACAUUGACCGGGGACCUUUACAGGUGGUCACUCUCCUUCGUCUUCCCAGGGCUGAGCUCUUGGCUACCACUGCCAGCUGGCUGAGUCUGCCCGGGCCUUCUGUCCCUCAGCUCCCUUCCCCAGCCCACAGGAACAGAACCGGUAUCUACUCUCAGUGGCAGGUGUUCCCUCCCCAGAGAUUCUCACCCUUCCUCAGCAGCUGCCUCUGGAAGAAAGGACUUUGGGCUGAGCAGUCUGCCCGAUGGCACUGGGCCUCCAGCGUCCCAGCCUUCCAGGCUUUGUAGAGCUGCUCACUCUUGAAUGUGAGGUCCCUUGACUCCUGUCGUUUUAGAUACAGGCUGCUGCCUUUCUGCCUUCUCCAAGGGAAAGCCAGGGUGGCUAGCAAAGGGGACCUGGGACAGUCCCCUUUGGCUGGGGUCAUCUCUUUACAUCCUUUAGCAGUGGGGAACCUGGCAGGAAGCAGGUGAUGAGGCUGAUGGGGGCGGCCUGAAGGCUGUGUGUACAGGCUGCUGUUCUAUUUUUCUGUCUCCUGAAGUUUACUCGUGUUCUGGAAACUCGUGGUGAUUUUGUUCUUUUGCCAAAGUAGAAAGCACACAGCAGAUGGGCUGUGUUUGUCCCAGCCCUCUUGAUAGGCUGAGCAGUGCAUACUGCCUGCAGGGUUACACACAAACUUGGAGACUUUACCUGGACUCGCUGUGUUUGGUCUUUUCUGUUCUGCACUUUGGGGCCCCUCAGUGUUCCACAUUACAAGUUGAUGUUGGGGUGGGGGCUGGAAUUGUUGGCCCUGGGUGUGGGAACCAAGAUACUAACUACCCAUGGGCCCCUCAGGUUCCCUGAAAUCAACCUACAUGACAGGUGUUGAGAGUAGCCUCAGUCUCUCAGGGACAGCCUGUGAGCUCCCUGGGUCCUAGAGGGUUCAGGAUUUGUGGAACACUAGUAGAUUUGGGGGUGCUGGGUUGGGUUCAUCAAAAUGAUGUCUUAAGUAAAUAAAUUGAUUGUUGGAGAGUUU